GUCGGUGGCGGCGGCAUGGCGGAGCCGCGCGGCGGCCCCGGGCCCCCCCCGGCCGCCCCCGCGCCCGCGCCCGCGGCCCCGCACGCCCAGCCCGGGCCCCGCGUCUGCUUCGCGCCCGCGGCGGCGGCGGCGGCGGCGGCGGGCCCGGAGGAGGGCCCGGGGCGGGGCCGCGGGAAGGUCACGGUGCGCUACGACCGCCGCGAGCUCCGCAAGCGGCUGCACCUGGAGGAGUGGAUCCUGGCACAGCUGACGGCGCUCUACGACUGCCGGGAGGAGGAAAUCCCGGAGCUGGAGAUCGACGUGGACGAGCUGCUGGACAUGGAGAGCGACGGCGCCCGCAGCGCGCGCGUCCAGGAGAUCCUCGUUGACUGUUACAAACCCACCGAGGCGUUCGUGGGGGAUCUCCUGGAGAAGAUCCGGGGGAUGCAGAAACUCAACACCCCCCAGAAGAAAUGACCCCAAAACUCGGGGGAACCCCCCCCAAUCCUGGGGAAUCCCCAAAUUUCAGGGGGAUCCCCCCAAAUCUCAUCCCCCACCCCAAUUUCGGGGGGUCCCUCCAUUUUUGGGGUCCCCCCCUGCAGCGAUAAUCACUCCCCCCCUCCCCCACUGGUUUUGGGGGGUCCUGGGAGGGAUUUUGGGGGGGAUUUGGGGUUUUGGGGGUUAUUUUUUAGUUUUU